CGUUAUUUACUCGCUCCUUUGUAAUGAAAGAAAUUCUAUUUGCAUACUUUUAUUAGCUCCAUUAUAUUGAAUCUUAUUAAAAUUAUUUUAUAAUUUUUGUAAAUAGUGUUCCUUUCCUCUGUUAGAAAUUCUUGAGUUUCGGCAGUGCAGUUCAGUAACAUACAUCGUGCAUUGUGCAUUACAGUGACUAGCGCCAAACUACGAAGCAGUUUCCCCCUUCGCACUUUACUUCUACCUGCACCUCUUACCUGAGGAGCGCCUACGAGAAUCAUAUUCGUUGAUCAAGAUAGGCAUUCCCAUCAUAUAACAAUGUCGUUCUCUUUUGGCCAACCUGCAUCGUCGUCAAAUACACCUUCUUUUGGUACAACAGGGUUGUUUGGUCAACAAAAACAAAAUACCCCUACAUCGAACUUAGGUUCUGGAUCUCUGUUUGGUGGAGCCAAUACAGCACCUAAUCCUUCCAGUGCUCCUCCUGCAGGAGGAUUAGGUUCUUCAAUGUUUGGCCAACAACAGCAACAACCCGCCAGUGGUGGUAUCACCGGCUCUUCCACAUUUGGCUCACAACCUUUAAGCGGACUUAGUGCUACUACGACUGCGGUCCCCCCUUCUUCUAACACUACGACGGGCACAGGUGCAACCUCGUCUCAACCUCUUUUCUCCUGGAGUACGAAUGCCGCGACAGCAAAGCCUUCUGAAAUGGGCAUGUCAUCUGCAAAUCCAAAUGGAUUUUUGUUAUCUUCUACCAUGUCUCCAAACGCAGCAGUUAGUAAUGCUCAAUAUGGCCCUGCACAACCCCCUUCCAUUGAAGAACAAACACAAAAAAUAUUGAACGCUUGGAAUUUGAAACAUCCUGACUGUGCUUUCCAAAGGUACUUCUAUAAUAAAGUUCCCGUUGAGCAGGCAGCUCUUUACGUCAAACCUCCUACUCAUAAUCAGCAAAAAUGGGAUGAAGCUGUUGCGAACAGGCCUAGUAACAGUGUUGUGCCAGUGCUCGCUGUGGGAUUUCCUGACGUUCAAAAGAGAAUGAACAUGCAGAUUAACCAGGUAAACGCUUAUCGAAUUCGUAUGCGAGAGAUUGUUGAAACACUUGAAAGAUUGGGCAAUAAGCAUGACCUUAGCUCCAAUAUAAAACUUGCGGAAGCAAAGAAUCGCCACAUACAAUUGUCUGAGCGUAUCCUUCGUUUAGCCAUUAAAGUGCAUGUCUUAAGACAUCGUGGUUAUGCUCUGAAAUCCAAUGAAGAAGACCUAAGGAAAAAGCUCGAUGAUCUUGCUAAAUCUCUAAACAAUCCUGAAGUAUUUGGUCGUUUGAAUGAGAUUUGGGCACGAAUUACUUUAAUCUUUGAGGGAGAGAAGAUUUCAGAUGAACAACGGAAUUCCCUUGCGAAAGGCGUAAUUGAUUGGACUAAAAACAGUGAUCAACUACAAACCAUCACGGAUGUUUUACGUGAUCAUCAAAAUGGAUUAUCGUACGUUGCCAAGCUUAUCCAGGAGGAUUUGGGUACCUUGAGUAAGCAACUCGAUGACCAAACAAGUAUGUCAAAGUAAAUCUUUUUCAAUAGUGGUAUUGUUGGGUUUUUCUUUUCUUGAUCAUGUGCUGCCAGUAGUGAUCUAUGAAAUGAGCAAAGGUACUGUGGUUUUGUAAUUUUAUUUUGGGUGGCUUGCUUUCCCAUUUUUCCCUUGUCAAGUCGGUGGUCAUAUUAUUUCCUUACUAUUCCCAUGAAAUGAAUUGAUAGUUUUUAUGUUUCUGCUUGUUGUUUGGUACAUCCUGUCAUCUAAUACUUAUGAUUUAGACUUUAGCAGUUCAGCUCUUUUAAUUUUAUUAUGCAAGCUUAUUUAUCACAAAAAUCCA